CGUUACCGAAACGGCAGGCGAGAGAGACAUAACCGUAUUUUCUUUUCACAGUCGUUCCAUUUCUCGCUCGAAGCCAUUUUCAGGUUCCAGAAGAAGUAGCUCGUCUCGCGCAUUUCAACAGCAACCUAUAUGUGCUCUGCAGCCAUGAACCCAAGUAAGUCUACAUUGAAUCCACAUGCUGAAGCUUAUGUCCCACUCUCCAAAAGAGAGUUUCCCACUCAAUACAGUGCGAAGUCUACAGAGGUAGGAAACAAUGAUGGAACUGAGGAAGGCUUGCUUCCAACUGGAGUUACAUCAGCACAACAUUUUCAGCAAUUCACGCAAAAGGCCGAGCAUCAUAAAAUGCAGCAUUCUCCUAGAUACAACUUACAUGGCUCAUCCUCUCAAGGUCAAUCUGAGCUUACAGAUACACAGCUGAUGGAUAUGCAAUUUGACAGUGACAUGCGAUGCCUUCGGAUGAACUUUCAUGAUACAUCAGAGGAAUCACUCUCCUACGCCUAUAUAGCUAGCAAAUGUGACCUGGACGAAACUAUUGACAUGCUAAAUCAACUCGAACUUCCCGAUAGUCUGGACAUUGGGGAUGAGUCAGAGCCUGGGCCUUCCAGCGAAGCGGCCAAUCAGAAGCUAAAGAACAAGUCGGUGACUGGCGAAACCAGCACAGCUGCUACCUCAUCAGGUUCGUCAUGCUCCAACCCUAUUACAGAGUAAUACUUAGAAGGGAUGUGGGUGUUUCGGGAGGCCAUUUUGUAAGGCCUUUUAUAUGUGAAGGUGAAGUGUGAAUUUGGUAAAAAGUUUUCUUUUCUAGUCUGUGGACAGCUCUCAAUGUUUCCCCCCAUUGUUGUAUAGCGUAUAACACUACGUGUAGUUUUAUGCCCUUUUUUGAUACAUACCUCAAACCCGUUGAGAUUAACGAUGGCUUGAUAUGAUUGAUGUUAGAAUGCACAUUGGAAUUUUUCUUUCUGAAAGUCAGAAAAGAUCUUGUAUGGUAUGUCAGUGCUUCCUCCUUUUUUUCUUUCAAGUAUUAGGGAAGAAAUGUACACUUUGCCUACUUGUUCAGGAUAUGAAACCAAAUGAUGGGAAAGAAAAUUUGGUCUCAUUU